UUAACUUCAAUUUAAUGUUUAUAUUACAGUAUAUUUGCAAUUUAUAGUUUAGUAACCGUGCUCAUAAUAAAUCUGACCUUAAACUUAUCGCAGUUGUAUAAUGAGCUGUUUGACAAUUUUGCACGUAUUGCGUCGACCGGCCGCAACAUCAUUUUUUCACUCGCAAAAACACGCAAAUUUUAGAAAUUUUCCACGUUUUGCACACUGCAACAUGGCUACCAAGAAACGCGCUCUUGUUUUCCUUGCUCCAGGCUUCGAAGAGAUUGAAUUCAUCACUGCCGUGGACGUUUUACGUCGCGGAGGAGUGGAAGUUGUCGUUGCUAGUACAGAUGGUGGAGACCAUGUUUGCGGCUCUAAUAACGUCCGUAUCAUGCCUGAUCAGAAACUAUGUGACAUAAAAGAGAGUUUUGAUGCAUUGGUUCUACCUGGUGGAUUGGGUGGUGCGACUGCAAUGGCUAAAUCUGCUCAAGUCGGGGAGAUGCUUAGAGAGCAAGAAAAGAAGUGUAAAAUUAUCGCUGCCAUUUGUGCUGCUCCAACUGUACUAAAGGCACAUGGUGUGGGAAAAGGCAAAAAUGUCACUUCAUAUCCAGCCAUGGAGAAAGAAAUGUCCGAGUGUGGAGAUUAUAAGUAUAAAAAUGAUGAUGUAGUUGUGGACGAAUAUUUAAUUACAAGCCGUGGACCUGGUACAUCAUUUAAAUUUGCUUUCACUGUUUUGAAGCAGUUAACUGAUGAUGUGAAGGCAUCUGAAAUUGCAAAACGUAUGCUGUGCAUGUAAAAAAUUGUUAUAUUUAACCAAGGAGGCAAUAAAUCAAUAUCAUAACUUAUAUAA